AAAGUGGUCAGUUACAAAGUUUACAUGAUCACCACCCUUUGAGUGGUUGAUUAGGUCCAUCAUGUCUGCAUGGUCUGAUGCAGACAAAACGGUAAAAGAUCUGAAGCAAGCACUAACAGACAUACAGACAACAGAGGAGGCACUCAUAGGGUAUCUUAACGAUAUCUUAAAAGAACCUGAUGGAGUGUCGCAGCUGAUGGAUGGGAAGAUUGGAAGACUAUUUGAGCUGGCCAAAGUUUACAAGAAAGCUUUUGACAGGUUGAAUGUUACAUCCAAGAGUGAUCUUCUAGGCCACAUCAAGGCGUGCUACAGAGAUGCAGAUAUUCGUAAUGUAGAAGAGGACAUUUUUAGGCAAGAGCAACAAUGGGAUGAGAUAUUACAGAGAAUUGACACGUCACUGAAGGAUGAUGAUAGCAGUGUUGAGUUAGGUGACAAAGGACCAGUAGAGAUAACAUUGACUGAUGCCAGGACAGGGCAGAAAACCAGUUUAGUGGAAUAUUUGGGACAUGAAAACCUCGUUUUGGUUUUGCUCAGGCAUUUUGCCUGACUUCCAUGACGACAACACAUCCAAAAAGUUGAAGAAGCAGAGGAUGAAAUAUCCAGAUCAGGUGGUCGUGUUUUGGUGGUUUCUUUUUGGGAACAGAAGGGAGCACAGCAGUGGUUGUUGGAGACAAAUUGUCCAUUUCCUUUGCUUCUGGAUCCUCAGAGAAAGGUGUACAGUGCUUUUGGUCUCCAUCGUUCUGUGUAUAAGGUUUGGGGGAUAGAGGAAAUGAUUUACUAUGCAGAAUCUAUGGCUAAGAAUAUUCCUCUACCUCAACCUUCCAAAUACAUCCAUGACGACCCUCAACAGAUGGGUGGAGAUUUCAUAAUUGACAAAGAUGGCACAGUACGUUUCAUUUACUGCAGCAAGAAAUCUAUCGACAGACCUGCUGUGACAGACCUUCUGGACCAAUUAAAUAAACUCCAGUGAAGAUAUAUUUCCGGUGUAAUGACAGACUAAGCCUAAAACACAUUGUGAAGGUUUUGUCUUGAUAUUGAUGCUGGAUACUUCUCACAGUGAAAAAACAUACAUUCCGUUUUAUGAUAUUAAUAUAAACAUGUACAUUCUAUUCUGUUGAUUUUUCAUAUUUUUUUGUUGUAAUUACACAAUUAAUUUUUUUUAUUAUUCCUGUCCUUUUUGUGCAAUCUACAUGUAUUUGUUCGAUUUAUUAAUCAAU